AAGAAGUGUGAGUGUUGUGUUGUGUUGUGUGUUUUGGGUCUCCAAAGCCAAAGAAAAGAAACAACAGUUUGCUCAGCCAUUUUAAUCCCCAAAAUUAUUAAAAUGCCAAUUUUCUCCUUCUAGAGAGAGUGAAGAGAAAAAGAAAAAAAAGAGUUUCCUGUUGGCCAUUUUUCUGGGUUUCCAAUGGUUGAAUUAGAAAAAACCCAUACAUCAUUGUGAAUAUUUAUUUAUUUUUAUUUUUAUUUAUCUAGUUCUGUAUCUAUAUUGGAUAUUAUGGGUUUUUUGGGCAGACGAAUCCGUGAUCUUGUAAACCCAGAAAAGCGAUCUUCGAUGCGGUGAUUGGAUUGGUCGGAUUUUUGGGGCGGUGCUUCUUUUUUUUUUUUUGUGGAAAAAAGUGUUGAUUCGUUUUGUUGGGAGAAAAUGAACGGUGGCGAUGAGGUCGUCGCAGCUCCGGCGGGCCCACCGCAGCCGCUGGAGUGGAAAUUCUCUCAGGUAUUCGGCGAGCGAACGGCCGGCGAAGAAGUACAGGAAGUUGAUAUUAUUUCAGCUAUUGAAUUUGAUACAAGUGGUGACUAUCUUGCUACCGGCGACCGUGGGGGCCGUGUCGUUCUGUUUGAGAGGACAGACUCAAAAGAUCUGGGUGACUCCAGAAGGGAUUUAGAGAGAACCGAUUACCCCAUUACUAGGCAUCCCGAGUUCCGUUAUAAAACGGAGUUUCAAAGCCAUGAACCUGAGUUUGAUUAUCUCAAGAGUUUGGAGAUAGAAGAAAAAAUCAACAAAAUAAGAUGGUGCCAAACAGCCAAUUCCGCCCUGUUUCUCCUAUCUACAAAUGACAAAACAAUUAAGUUUUGGAAGGUGCAAGAAAAGAAGGUCAAGAAAGUCUCUGACUACAAUCUGGAGCCUUCAAAAGCCGUGGGCAAUGGCAGCAUUGCUAGUUCAAGUAAUUCUAGUAGCCCUAAACCAUAUCUUGCAAAUGGUGGGAGCCCUGACAGAUUGAGUAGUGUCCUGAGCAAUGACUUUUCAUUUCCGUCUGAAGGCAUUCCAUCAUUACAUUUACCUGUGGUAGUAACUAGCCAAGAAACCAGCUUGGUUGCUAGAUGUCGAAGGGUUUAUGCUCACGCUCAUGACUAUCAUAUUAAUUCAAUUUCAAACAACAGUGAUGGUGAAACUUUCAUAUCGGCUGAUGACUUGCGAAUUAAUCUUUGGAAUUUGGAAAUUAGCAAUCAAAGUUUCAAUAUUGUUGAUGUGAAGCCUGCAAACAUGGAGGAUCUAACUGAGGUGAUAACAUCAGCUGAGUUCCAUCCCACUCAUUGUAAUACGUUAGCAUAUAGCAGUUCAAAAGGAUCAAUCCGACUCAUUGAUUUACGACAAUCAGCAUUAUGUGAUUCUCAUGCUAAAUUGUUUGAGGAACAGGAGGCACCUGGUUCUAGAUCAUUUUUCACAGAGAUCAUUGCUUCAAUUUCAGACAUCAAGUUUGGCAAGGAUGGGAGACACAUACUAAGUCGUGAUUACAUGACUCUUAAGUUGUGGGACAUCAACAUGGAUUCGGGUCCUGUCGCAACCUUCCAGGUUCAUGAAUAUUUAAGACCGAAGCUCUGUGAUUUAUAUGAAAAUGACUCGAUCUUCGAUAAGUUUGAGUGCUGUUUGAGUGGUGAUGGACUACGAGUUGCAACUGGCUCAUACAGCAAUCUCUUCCGUGUAUUUAGUUGUGCCCCAGGAAGUACUGAGGCAACGACUUUGGAAGCUAGCAAAAACCCAAUGAGGCGACAAGUUCAGACUCCUUCAAGGCCAGCCAGGUCCUUGAGCAGUAGUAUAACACGAGUCGUCAGACGAGGAGCAGAAAGCCCUGGUGUCGAUGCGAAUGGGAAUUCAUUCGAUUUCACGACAAAGUUGCUGCACCUAGCAUGGCACCCUACCGAAAACUCAAUAGCCUGUGCUGCCGCGAAUAGCUUGUACAUGUACUAUGCAUAAUGAUGAUCCAAGGAGGAAAGUAUAUUUGCUUGGGUUAACUUUUUUGGGUUGCUGUCGGAGAAGGCUUCUUUUCCCUUACCCCACCAACCACUGAAGGAGGCUACAUUAGUUCUCUCAAGAUUUCAAGGUGCCCCUUAAAAGAAUUCAUAGCACGUGAUUUUAAUGUUAAAGUUCAGGAAAUGGCUGUCUCAGAAUCGAGGACGAAGCGACCUGAUUUUGUUCCGGGUGGGCAGCGUCUCUUCAUGCUUCCACCCUCCCCCCAACCCCCCAAAAGUUUCUCUAGUUAUUUCUUUUACCCCUUUUCUCUCUCCCUUUUUCCCAUGCCUUCUUCUGAAAAAGAAGAUGCAUUCUUAUGUCUGAAAAUUCUGUUGGGUUGAAAUCAACAAGGAAAUGUGAUUGUAGCUCUCCUACAACAGUCAACAGGAUACUAAACGGAUGUUCCAUAUUUUGCCACUAGGUUUAAGAUGAAAAAAAUGUAGUUUAAUUUACUCAAAAAAUGGUUCCUUGGUGGGAUGGAGCUGUGGAAACUUGCAAUGAAUCAUUUUUUAUUGAUUCUUUUGUCAUGGUUGAUAUUUGAUUAUUUUAACAAUGUUUAUUUA